AUGAUGGAAUGGGAUGACAAUACUUGGGCUCCUGGGCUCUCAAACACUACUAAUGAUGGUCAAUUACCAAGCAUAAAUUUACCUGGAGGAGGGUUUGAUGAUAUUGAAUUACAAUACCAAGCAUAUGACCACGGUAUCAUCUGCGAAGAUUUCCCUAAUGGACUUCCCUACGAUGCAAGUGUGGAAGACUGGAAGACGUUAGUCACUGAGGGACUAUUUACUAAGCUUCUUUCUGACACAACAAAGCGCGGAAUUUCGCAGGUACGACACCGCGUGCGCGCCAAAACAAUGCUCAAGAUAAAAAAAGAAAAAAAAAUGGAAGACGGAAGACGAACCGGGAAGGGUAUUGGAAGAGGAAGUAGCAGCAGAAAGGAAUUAGGCCGAACAAAAGGCGGUUCAACAAGUCAUAAUAGUAGCAACAAAGGCGGUGGAGGUAGUAGCAGUAGCAGUAGCAGUAGUAGUGCUAGCAGUAGUGCAAACAGCAGUCAGAAUAAUAGUAGCAGCAAUCUAAAAGAUCAAAAUGUUCAAUCUUAUCAGCACCAAUCUCAAACAAAAGGAGAACCAUCCACAGAAUCAGGGUUAAGGUCGUCAUCACUCAAACAGGUGAAAUAA